UCUGCAUGAGAGAGGGAGGCGAAAAGAGGAGAGGAGCAAGUGAAAGAGACGACAGAGGAACUGAAAAGCGAUUGUAGAAAGGAGAGACUCCACUGGCUGUGUUAGAGCGGCAGCAGCUGUUGGAUAUUCCUGCCUUUCUGUCUGCGGUGGGCGGUUGAAGAUCCAGACAUCCAGACAGGAGAGAUGGAGGGGACCAAGGCAAGGACCCCAAGAACAGCCUCUGUCCCCCCCGGCAGCAUGCCUGUCCAGGACUAGGAGCUCCAUCCAAUACUGUCAGAGAGACCCAUCACACCAGCAAAGAGAAAAUCCAAGAGACCAAAUCAGAGAGGCCGGUGACACUGCCCUUGACAAACAGAGGGAACUAGAAAAAGGAGUGGAAAGAGAAAGACAGCGUUUCACUCCUCUGCACUUUCAGUUUAGUCUCUGAGGUCGCCUGUUGGACUUCACACCCUGCCCCUUUCCUCUCCCUGGUGCCAGCAUGCGGCCCUCAGCCCCCCUGUCUCCCCAAUCAGGGCUGGUGCUCCUGCUGGUCUUCUGUCCCCUCCUGGUGACAGUGCAGGGCAGCAGCAGCAAGGUGGAGAGCGGACACAAUGCCCCAAUGGGAGACACAGACCCAGACCGCUGCUUAAGGCAUCACUACGUAGAGACCAUCACACACCCCAUCUACAAGUGCAACUCCAAGAUGGUGCUGCUGGCCCGGUGCGAAGGCCACUGCAGUCACACCUCCCGCUCCGAUCCGCUAAUCUCCUUCAGCUCCGUGUUGAAGCAGCCCUUCAGGAGCACCUGUUCCUGCUGCCGGCCCCACACGUCCAAGCUGAAGGCCGUGAGGCUUCGCUGCGCCGGAGGGACCCGCAUCACCGCCACCUAUCGCUACAUCCUCGCCUGCAACUGCGAGGAGUGCAGCUGAGCAAACAAGAGAACCUUCCGGGGAACACUGUAGAGCUCCAUCAAAAGCCAGAGCCGGCCCCUUCAGGACGCUUGCGGCCCUUUCUGGGUGUACAGCCGGUGGCGAGGCUGGAUCCUAGAACUUGAAGAGAAUUCGAACAGCCCGUGCCUGCAACGAAGCCCGUGAGUCCGGGCGCACCCCAACAGGCGGAGCCAAUGUUUUUGUCCCCUGCGCAACGGAUUCAAGAGCUUUUUCCGAUUUCUCGUCUGCAAGGAGUGGAAAUAUUAAAAUCCCAUUGAACUCUGGCACCUGCACUGUCCCAGUCCCCCAAUAAUUAUCUUGUCAUGAAGGACAGAAAUC